UGACACUGACGCUUCAGAAGUGCCACUGACUAGGCCUACUCCACGCUUCUCAACCUCGACAACUAGAUCUAGAUCUAGAUCUAAUAACAUAAUUUUACUCCCGGCGGCUUCGUGCGAAGUGUAUUCUCUAGCCUACUCUAGGUUGCCCGUCUAUCUCUGGCACAAAGUGUUGCUGCGAAGAUGUCAAGUUACGAAUCGAUCAGGUUAAAGAACCUGGAAGACAACAAGCGAGUGCUGGCUUCCUUUGGGCUGCUGGACCCGUUCAAGUCCUUGCCCAGCAUUGUAAGGCAGAGGAAGAUACCAUCAGCAAAACCAGAAUCUGCCAAAAGGAAACGAAGCCGGCCCGUUGAUAAUACAGAUUUUGUUGGGGGAUCUAUCUAUGGAAGUAGGAGGAAGUCGGCUCGGAUUCAGGGAAAGGACGUAGCUGAGUAUGGACUUAACGAUUCUGCUUUAGAUGAACCCGAGGACGACAGAGAGAACUAUACCCCGAGAGUCCCAGCAAACCGACCAAACUUCUAUGGAGCUGUGCCAGAUGUGUCCGUGGGUACGGUGUGGUGGACCAGGAUUGAGUGUUGUCGAGACGGAGUGCAUAGACCCACAGUUGCUGGCAUUCACGGAGGGGAAGGGGGAGCUUACUCCAUCGCUCUGUCUGGAGGAUACGAAGACGAUGUGGACCUGGGAGAGUGUUUCACAUACACAGGAGAAGGUGGUCGAGACCUCAAAGGCACAAAGACAAAUCCCAAGAACCUGAGAACGGCCCCACAGUCCAAGGAUCAGACAUUGACGCGGGGAAACCUUGCACUCAGUCGGAACGUAGAGACCAAGAACCCUGUACGUGUGAUUCGUGGCUACAAGCUGGACAGUCCGUUCGCCCCAGAGGAGGGUUAUCGCUAUGAUGGCCUGUACUCGGUGGAGAAGUGCUGGUUCACCACCGGUCUCUCGGGCCACGGUGUCUGGAAGUUUGCUCUCAAGCGCUGUGAUGACCAGGCACCUCCCUCCUGGCAGUUUGUCUCGGAGCCAAAUUCUCCUGCCAAAGCUACAGAUGGAGGUCUGGCUGUUCAGGACAAAACAUCUACUACCUCACAUGGAAAAGAUUCCAUCAACGGUACCACAGAUGACAGGCUUGAGACGCCAGCGAAUAAAGACAAAGACGACACGACCACAGAGAAAAAUGUGGCUCCUGUUGAAGAUAAAGCUCCUCUUCGUGAUGAGGAGCCGGAGGAGGUCGAGGAAACUACUUUGUCGCAGCAGCCAGAUGUGUCAACGCUGAUGGAAGCGGGUUCGGACCUCGGCAGUUCACAAAGCUCAACAGUCAGUGAAGUGGCGAAAGGGAGGACAGAAGAUUAGUUGAGGCUUCUGUCUUAGGGCUUCCUUUAUAAUUUUUAGAGAAGUCAUUUAGGGACCGUUCGCAAAUGACGUCAGCUAAAAUUUUGCCAAAAAUGCCCCCCACAUCAUCUUCUGUUACCUUUCCCAGGACCCCCCCCCCCCCUCCGACCCCCCCGUUGACGUCAACAUUUAGAUAGAACUUGUACAGGAUGCAUUUUGUAUUUACACCUUUGAUCUUUAUUUUAAAUAAGAACGUAAAGCUAUUGUUGAUUAAAUAGUACAACAAAGAAAUACCUGGAGUGUCAAAUUAUUUAUUAACAACUUUAACCAAUUUCUUGAGCUGACGUCAUUUGUGAAUGGUCCCUUUAUAUACACAUAAUGUUGUUUUUUCUACGGCAGCAAUUUGUUCCUAAAGAAUGCCCUCAGUUACAGUGGACUUUGCUAAAAUGAUGUCCAAAGGCCAUAGAAAAAGCCCUAAUGGAAUGAUCGAUUUUGUCUUGUCAUUUUCCCACCACUUUCCACUUUGUCUAGAAAUAUAAAAAAAGGCUCUGUUUAGACUUCAUCUUUAACCAAGUCCACUGUAAAAUUUUUACUUCUUUGGCAGCAGUUUUCUAGAGGGCAAGUUCGCUUACUUUGAAAAAGUAUAAACUUCUACAUAUGUUUUAUGAUUUUAUAUGUCUUGCAGCAAAUAUCUCUCUUGUUAUUCCGUGUUUUAUGAAAUAGAGAAUGAUGCUAUGCAUAUUGUCCACAUGUCUCAAAUUUUGGGUCAAUUUUUUAAAAUUUCUUUACACUCCACCGUUUUAUGGCAUUUUUUUUUCUACAUCCCUCAGAAUAUAAGACCACAAGGGACCUACUUAACUUUUAAAUUCAGCAUUAUUUUUACAUGCUCAUGCACCUUUUUUUUACCUACUACUAUUGUGUGACUUACUGCCUUUUGAACAGUUUUCUUUUGAAUGCUAUUUGAGUAACAUUAUCUUGUAAGUUUAUUUGUGGAGUAUCUUUAAAUUUCAAUGUAAAAUCAAGUAACAUUUCCUGUGCCUUUUUGUACAGAAUAAUUCUUAUAGUGCGUUGUAUAUACCAACUUGUUGAAUUACUUUGUAUUUUUUGUUCAUUUUUCUUUAAUGUUUUGAUUUUAGAAUUGCCUUAAUGAGUUCAUCCAUUAUAGACAUUUUUCGAGUUUUGGUGUUAUAAAAAGUAUUUAGUACAGGGGUCUUAAAUUUUUUAUCAUUAUAAGAUGUCUCUUCUCCUCCUCUUCUGAGAGCGUAGCACAUUCAGGCACACAUGAUACCAAACAUGGAAACUUCGAAGUCAUGGACAGCUCGUACAAAUUGCCAUUCCCCCCCCGACUGACUGAUAUCUGUUUGAUUGUCAUUUAUCGGUUUACCCAAAUUAUGGAUGUGUUGAACAAAUUUGUCAAUCCCUGACGUGUUUUUGUCACGAUGUGGUGGAAUCAGGCGCUCGUCAAUUAUUGGGCACAUGGAGUUUUUGGUGUCAUUCUAAAGCCUGCUCAGUUAUCUUGCUAUCUGUGAAAAAAAUGUCCAUUUAUCUUGAAUAGAAGUAAAGAUAUUUGAGAUUGAAGAAGGUGGGGUCGUCUAGUUUCAAAUGUAGAAAUAGCGAGA